AAGAUUUAACUCAAGCUACAAAACUUAAAAUAGAAGAAUAUUGGAAAGACAAGUUGCAGUAUCCUGAAUUCAAUCCAGAUAAAGAAAGCUCAAAGUGUUAUGUGUUGUCAAUGUUCCCUUAUCCAUCAGGAAAUUUACACAUGGGUCACAUAAGAGUUUUACAGCAUUAGUGACAUGCUGGCCAGGUUCUACAGAAUGAAUGGUAAAAAUGUAUUACAUCCAAUGGGAUGGGAUGCAUUUGGUUUACCAGCAGAAAAUGCUGCCAUCGAGAGGGGACUCUCGUCUGAGGUUUGGACCAACAACAACAUAAACACGAUUGCGGGAACAACUCAAGCAUCUGGGUUGCACGUUCGAUUGGAGUCGUGAAGUUGCAACCUGUCACAAGGAUUAUUACAAGUUCACUCAGAUGAUAUUCUUAAAAAUGUAUGAACUGGGACUUGCCUACCAAA